UUUGGCUGUCCUAGCUAGAGCGAGCCACAAUCUUAAUUUUAACAGUGAUUCAACAGUGGUAGCUAUAUUGUAUAGUAACAUUCGGUAACAGUCAGGGAAAUGGCACAUUUUGAAGAAAGAAUGGUAAUUAAGUUAAAGAAAAAUAUCUCUUUUUUAAGACCGUAUAAAAACUCCACUAUAUAAACAAUUAAAAAUAAUUGUUUCAUAAUAGGAGGGAGGCUCGGUGUUUUUGGUGGACAAUGGGAAAACGAUGGUAAACGAUGAGGAUGGUCGUAGAAUUUUUGGAGACUUCUCACUGAAACUGCAAGGGCAAUUAAUACCAAAUAACCCAUUGGUUAAAGAAAAGCAUGGCAACUGGGUGGCUACGUGUACGUCGCAAGUGAAAGGGCGUUUGGAAACGAAAACUAUAGUUAUACCAGCCACCGCGUUUGAUUCGAGGUCGAAAUUUCUCCAAGAACUUAGAGGAAGUUUUGGCUCUGCCAUUUUAAACCUUGGUGGGUCAGUGACUACAAGUACCCUUGCCGACUACUACACAUAUUUGAAGAACGACGUGACCAACAGCGAUAGAAGUUUGUAUAAAGCGCAAAAUUUGGGUUUUCAGCCGGACGGAUACUGCUUCCUUUCAAAGGAGUUGCAUAUCAAUCACGGUGAAUUAGUUAGACAAGGUGAACGGAUAUAUUUUGUUGACGACGAAGAUAUUUACCGACAUGGAACAGAAUUAGGCAGGCAUCUUUUGGAUCACCAUAGAUUGCGAUCUGUUUGUAAGAGUUAUAUUGAGUUAUCAUCUCACUUUGGCAUGAAUGCAGUCUCAUUUAAACUUGCGACAGCAUUUGUGCUAAAUGCCAUAAUCAAAAAUGCCCAGAGGAUUCGGCAAAGUCAAUACGAGAAUGAAGCUAAAGUCGAGAAUGUAAUUGGCAUGCUGUUUUCCGAUAUCGCUGAACGAAAUGUUGGGAAAUCGUUAACAUUGGAAACACUAGCAAAAGCACAAGGAAUAUUCGGAGAUGGGCACCCACUUUAUUGUUCUGGCGGUGACCAAACAAUAAGCGGUGUUUCAAUCAAGAUGUUGAUGUCUGCCUUAGUGAACACUACUCUGGUUUGUUUGGUUGAUGAUCCACGAAUCAACGCCACUUUAAGUGAAUUUUUACUUCAAUUACAUGGAGGUUUAGCACAAGGAUCGUUCAGAUCCGGCCUAGCAGUUCCACGUGGUGGUAUACUUAUGAGCACAAACGUUCAGGAAAGCGAAAGAAUAUACGGACGAUGCAUUAGAAUCGACUACUAUAAAGAUGGAAACUUCUCUUUUGAGGAUGAAAAAACUUUAAAUGAGGAUUUACAAAUUCUGGUAACAGAAAACAAGGGUUUCUUGGUUGCAUGGGUGGUGCUUUUCCGAAAGUUGUGGCUUGAUCAUAAAGAUGAACCAUUAAAAAAGAUCAGAGCGUUGCUAAAAACACUGGUACCAGAGCAAGACCAAGACAGAUGGUUCAAGGGCGCCGCGAGUAUUUUGUACACCUACGCUCUUUUUCAUAAAGUCGCUGGAGUUCAAGUUGAUUUGAAAAACGCCGUUCAACACGUAGCUAGCUGUGGGCAACUUCGCGGAGCACAUAAGAAACUGUCUUUUUGGGAGCGUUUCAGAUGUUCAAUCAGUGACAACUUACAGAAUCAGGAAAAACCGCCGCUGACAUGGUUAAAUCCAUGUGUGACCGUUUGUGUGGCUGAUGCAUUUAUGCCGGCUAUUGCCGUCAAACUCAGCGAGACAGGGCAGUUCACCAAUGUUGGCAACAAGGAGAUAAAGGAUCAUAUCGGGCGAGCAUUGAAAAAAGAGAAUAAUCUUGCCGAAACCGUAACGUUUGCGUUAGGGGAUGCUGCAAGUCUAACCGAUGUUAGAAGAAGACGUAAUGGGCUUGUACGUAAUGCAAGAGCGUACAAAGUACCAAAAGACCUAUUAGGGUCAGACCUAUGCCAUUUUAUUGAGCAUGCAUGUGGAUUAAGAGAAGAUUCGCCCCCGCGCACAAGCAGCCAGGAAGAACAAAAUGCCGCUGUAGACAGUAGCGUUAUCGACGAAACUCUCACACAACUUGUGACGUUUUUCGAGAGUAUAACUGAUACAGAUUAUGAAAGUGAAGACCGCAGACCCAAUGACAGUGAGGGGGCGCCAAUUCAUGAACUUUCUCCUAAAACUAGAGAGAAAUACGAUCUCCGAUCACCAAGAGGAAAACGGAGUUAUGAGCAGGGCAUCAUAGAUGGGAUAAAGAUCGCGGAUCGCAGACAAGAAAUUGUUGCCGAACGCGAAGGCAUUGCUUGCCACGACAACGUUAAUACACAAUAUAAUAUUACUGCGACUACGCCAAUGCCAUCGACAAGCUCAGGAGAAUCGAUGGAAAAUGCUAAACGCCCCAAAAGGUGUCUGCAGUUCGCUACUGGAACCAUAGGGGUGCUAGAUAGUCAGAAAAAAAAUAGUUCUGCCGAAGAUAAAGAGAUUAACAACUCAUGCACUCUUUGUGGUCAAGACAGUCCGCCUAGCAAAAAGGGCGGACAAAUGAUAUCAUGGAUUGACUGCGACUCUUGCAAGGGGUGGUUUCAUAUGUUGUGCUUGAAAAUGAGGAAAAAGGAUGCACCAGAAACAUGGAAGUGUAGAAGCUGUUCUGUAAUGUCUAGUAUUAACUAAUGUAACGACUUAAUAAAUGAUUUAUUAAUUAUAUACCUUAUUAAUUAUAUACCUUAGAGAUUUAACGAGGAC